AUGGCAGCCCUGCUUCGAAAUGAGUGCAAACAACUCCUCCAAAAGAGCUUGCCAUGGACAAAAUCACCUCUAGUUAUAAGCGCACCGAUGCGGGUGAUGACGGGCCCAAGCCUUGCAGUGGCAGUCUCAUCUGCAGGCGGCCUCGGCUUCCUGGGACCAACCAUAAAGUCAGAAGAUGUAUUGGUAGAUCUCGACAAGGCUACUGAGCUCCUUAAAACCUCCUCAAUCCAUGGAAACGCAGGCCAGUCGCUUCUCCCCAUCGGAGUCGGGUUCCAGGUUUGGAAUGGGGAUCUCAAGGUCGCCGUGUCCGCUGUCACCAAGCACCAUCCUUGCGCUGUGUGGUUGUUUGCGCCUCGCAAUGGACAGGCAGAGUUGAACGAAUGGAUCACGGCCAUCAGAGAGGCUUCAACAGAGACCAAAAUCUGGCUUCAAGUGGGCACCUUGAGCGAGGCGGUCGACGCAGCUCGCAGCACUACGCCCCCGGAUGUCCUGGUGCUGCAAGGUGCCGAAGCUGGAGGUCAUGGUAGAGACAAGGAUGGACAAGGGACAAUAGCCUUGGUACCAGAGGUAUCAGAUGCGUUGGGAGACUCCAAGAUACCAGUGAUUGCCGCAGGAGGCAUCAUUGAUGGUCGCGGAGCUGCUGCCGCGCUUACGUUGGGUGCUGCAGGCAUUGCCAUGGGCACACGUUUCCUGGCAUCCAAGGAAGCUCGUAUCAGCAAAGGAUAUCAGGAUGAGGUUGUUCGAGCGUCAGACGGGGCCAAGAAUACUGUGCGUACACAAUUGUACAACCACCUCCGCGGUACCUUCGGGUGGCCGGAGGCCUUCUCUCCUCGCACGGUAAUCAACCAGAGCUGGAUUGAUCACGAAGCAGGAGUGCAUUUUGACAAACUGAAAGAGUUGCAUGAUGAGUCUGCCAAGGCUGGGGAUAUAGGAUGGGGUCCAGAAGGCAGACUCGCAACUUAUGCCGGUGCUGCGGUUGGAUUAGUUCGGAAUGUGGACGAUGCUGCUACAAUCGUUCGGGAGGUUCGGGAUAAUGCCAGGGCAAUCCUGACAUCAGUAAUAGCUCAACUAUAG